GUUAUCGGCGGGAGCGCGGAGGCAGCAGCGCGCGCAACGGCGGCGGGCAGCUGCUUAAGGGCCGCGUGGGCUCCACGGGGCAGCGGACGCGAAUGGCCGCGAAAUCCGCCGGCACGGAGCGAGGCGGCAGCGCGCGCAACGGCGGCAGCUGCUUAAGGGUGCCGAGGGCUCCUCGUGGGCUUCCCGGGGCAGCGCGGACGCGACCGCGCCGUGCAAUCCGCCGGCACGUGACCGCGUUUUCUGUUUUGCCUCGCAGAUCUUGGGGAAGGGCAGCCUCGAGCCUCGCGUGCCGCGGCGCCAAAGGAGGCACUUCCGCCACGCGCCGACCACGACGCGCGCGCCACCGCACACGCGACCUCGCUCGUCGUCCCGCGCCGCCACUCGCCGCGGCAGAUCGGCAGUCGGCAGCCUCUGCGCCGCGCGCCGCGUGAAGGAUGGUCCAGGUCGUGGUGCCCGAGGGCGCCGCCCCGGGCAGCCACAUGCUCGUCCGCAUGCCCUCGGGCACGGACUGCAGCAUCGAGAUCCCGCCGAACGCGCCGCCCGGCGCGGUCCUCGUCGUGCCGGACCCCGGGGCCACGCCCCGGCCCGUGCAAGCGGUCGCGCCGCCCGUCGAGCGGAAGUCGAGCUGGUUCGGCGGCAGCCCGCGGCAGGCGCAGCCGCCGGCGCCGCCGGUCGGGACGGUCGUGGCCAUCGAGGCGACGGGCGACGUGAGCGGCGUCUCCGGCUUCCAGUGCCUCGGCCAGCAGCACAUGCCCUCCGGCUGGGACCUCUUCGGGGACAAGUACGGCAUCGUGGCCAAGACGCUGCAGCCCGGCGAGGUCGUCAAGUCGGAGCCCGGCGCGAUGGUCUUCAUGUCGGAUAAUGUGGAAAUGAGCGCAAAGACGGGCGGCGGGCGGGGCCUCAAGGGGGCCUUCUCCCAGGUCGUGUCCGGCGAGGCGCUCGUGACGGUCGACUACCGGAACAACGGCCCCGGCGUCGGCCACGUGGGCUUCACGGCGAACCAGCCCUUCUCGACGGUCGUGCCCGUGCAGCUGGGCGCCGUGCCGGGCGGAGCCCUGAACGUGAAGCGCGGCGCCUACAUGGCGGGCACGACGGACGUCCACGCGUCGGCGAAGCGCCUGCCGGCCAAGAACAUGCUCGCGUGCUGCUGCGGCGGCCUGCCGCCCGUGAUCCAGGUCGUCAAGGGCCCGCCGUCCGGCGUCGCGUUCCUGAGCGCGGCGGGCACGGUCGUCAGCCGGCAGCUGCAGGCCGGCGAGGCCAUCCAGGUCGACUCGGACGUCAUCGUCGGCUUCGAGCAGUCGGUGCAGUUCGACGUCAAAAAAACGGGCGACAUCGUCACAGUCUGUUGCGGUGGCGAGGGUUGCUUCAACACCGUGCUCACGGGCCCCGGCCACGUCUACCUCCAGUCCAUCUCCGUCGACAAGCUCAUGUCGCAGCUCGUCACGAUCACCAAGGAGUCCGAGCCGCAGGACGGCGGGGGCGGCGGGCCCGAGGCGGCGGAGAUGGCGCGCUAGUUUAAUUGGAUGAAUU